AUUGGCAGUAUAGACUGUAUUUAUAAAAUAGCUGGGAGUGGCAUUUAUAUAUAUACCACACUAUAUACACACAAUAUAUAUUAUAUACCACACUAUAUACACAAUAGUGUGUAUAGAUGAAGUGAACCAAGUUAACUACCUCAGGCAGAACACCCCUCAUUCAGCCUGCAGUUAGCCUGGUUUAAUGUAGUUCAGCAGUCUUUCAAUUCUAGCCCUUCUCUUCCCAGGCAGAAUGGGGGAGUAAAUUGAGAAUUCGGGUGGCUCAUAUCAAACUGACAUUUCAGAGAAGGUAGAUGGUGUCACAUAGAGUGGUGAAAGUGACACAGCUUUAUUGGCUUAACCCACUAAUAAUAGUGGUCAGGGAGGAGUUGACUUACUAUGAAGCUAUUCACAUAGGUAAAAGGUUUUCUGGAAAAUUGCUGAAAACAUAUUACUUUGAUUUAUAUUUUCAAUGAAAAGUAUAAAUAUAAUACAUAUAUGUAAAAUCCUUUAAAUCAACUCAUUUUGUUAUUUUUUUGAAAAGUAAUUUCAUUAUAACUUAAUCUAAGCUAUCUAUGUUGAGUGGAGACCAACAUAGGUAACUUUAAAGAAAAAAAAAGUGAAGGAAAAAUUACGAAGUAGUACAUGCUUAUUAAAAAACCCAAACAAUUCAGAAAAGAACAAAGUGAAAAUUACCAUUGUUUAGCACACAUUGAUUUAAUCAGCACCUUUAACAGUUUAAUAUGAACUUUUGAGCCCAUUUUUCUUCUAUGCACAUUAAAAAUAUGUAUGUAUAUAAAUUUAAUUCACGUACGAAGUAUCUGCUCUGGACAGGCUUGGCUUUGCCUAGCUACCAGGAAACUAGGGUUCUGUACUGUGUGUCUUGUCAUUGUGGGACCCAGGCUCAAAGAGCAGCCCCUCUGGGAUAUGACACAGUUUAGGACUGAGAGAGAUUGAGGCUGAGAGGAAACAUGGAAUUGUAAGCUUCUGCUCACUUGUGGCAAAUGUCUCAUGCUGUUGAUUUAGAGCAUAUCAUAUGGUCUCUGCCCAAAGGUGAGGGCAGGAACAGACUCUUCCUAUAGGAUGCAUGGUCAGGUCACAUGACCAUGGGUAAGACUACAUUAUCUUGUUAUUCAAGGAAUGGUAAUCCUACUUGAACUGCUCUUGAUCUUCCUUUUGAGAAGGAUGCAAUUGUCAGUUUGGUAGUCACUUAGCAAGUGCCAGAGGAUAAGUUGAUUUUUUUUUUUCCAGUAAAGGUAUUACAGCUGUUCAAAUUAAAGCCUCAGGAGAUAACUACUUCACAUACGCUAGGAUGACUACAAUCAAAAAGAGGGGAAAUAAUAAGUGUUGACAAGGAUAUGAAGUUGAAACCCUCAUACACUGCUGGUGAGAAGCAAGAAGGUGGCUGUCUGCAAAUCAGGAAGAAGGCUUUCUCCUCACACAGUGAAUCUGCCAGCAGCUUGAUCAUGGGCACCUCAGCCUUCAGAACUGUGAGAAAUACCUGUCACUUAAACCACUCAUAUAAUGGUGUUUUUCUAUAGCAGUCUGAGCCGGCUCAGGCAGGACUCUUCCUGUGAGGUCAAUGUGAGGUCUCUGCUAGCCACUGACUAUUUGUGUAUCCUGCCUGCGGACCUGGGCUUAGAGAAGAACACAGAGUGGGUCCUGUAAAACAAAUCUUGGCUACACCUACAUUUAUCUUAUCCCCACGAACCCCACUCUAAACUGAGGGACUGUGGUAGCAUUGACAGCCUCCUUGUACCAGUCUUAGCUAAGAUCAUGCAUCCAGCAGUCAUCAAAGUCUGAAUUCCUCUUUCCCCAGCGCACAUUUAUCCUAGUUAAAGGCCUUGAGUCUUUGGUAGGAGCAGAGGAAAGUUUAUGGUAUAUUCUUGUGGUAUUGAGGAAUCCUUCCUCAGGGAAAUAGAGCUUCUUCAAUAAUUGGAUCUGAGUCUAUGAAAUGACUUACAGCAGGAAACUGGUGAAAGGCGAUGAUUCCUCUUGUGGAGACUGACAGCCUUCUACUCACUAGGUCUUGAUUUCCUUUUAAAAAUACAUAUUUGAGUCAAGAAACUCCCCUUCUCUCCCCAAAACAAAAACACCCAGUCUGUCUUUUCCUUGAGAACACCAUGACCUGUUAGCCGUCACCACACAUCCCUGUGGGUCAAGACACCCUGGCUGCACUCCAGCCUGCCUGCCCAUGAUAGUAGUUACAUGGCCUGCCGUCUGCUCCUUGCUGUUUGGGGGUUCUUUUACUUCUCAUUGUUACUCCAGAGCCCUGUUGCAGCAGCGUCUUCUGUCAGUCUGAGCUCAUACAGGACAGCACCGCUGAGCUUUUCAGAGAUGUCCGUGGCCUCCUCACCAGUGCAUCAGUGAAAGGAGUACCAUCAGAGCCUUCCUUCCCAGGCUUCCCUCCUGGGUUGGGCAGACUAUCCAGAGAAGGCCAUUUGAACCACCUGCCUGUGGACUUCCCACACUGUGUUGCUGUUGUUUCCACUCACUUUGAUUUGACGAAAAGUGCCUUUUUAGAAGAGGACAUGUGACUGCAAGUUGUCUAACUGUUGAAGUGUUGGGAAUUCCAGCCUCUAAAGCCGUAGGAAAAUCAAGCAACGAUUUAUAUUCUGUCAAGGUGAACCACUGAGCUCUUCAUUAUGUCUGAUGGAGACUAUGAUUACCUCAUCAAGUUUUUAGCUUUGGGAGACUCUGGAGUAGGGAAGACCAGUGUACUUUACCAGUACACAGAUGGUAAAUUUAACUCCAAAUUUAUCACGACAGUCGGCAUUGACUUCAGGGAAAAGAGAGUGGUGUACAGAGCCAAUGGGCCAGAUGGAGCCGUGGGCCGAGGCCAGAGAAUCCACCUGCAGCUGUGGGACACAGCAGGGCAGGAGAGGUUUCGUAGCUUGACAACUGCAUUCUUCAGAGAUGCUAUGGGGUUUCUUCUGCUUUUUGACCUGACAAAUGAGCAAAGUUUCCUCAACGUCAGAAACUGGAUAAGCCAGCUGCAAAUGCAUGCGUAUUGUGAAAACCCAGAUAUAGUGCUAUGUGGAAAUAAGAAUGAUCUGGAAGACCAGAGAGCGGUCAAAGAGGAAGAAGCCAGAGCACUUGCAGAGAAAUACGGAAUCCCCUACUUUGAAACUAGCGCUGCCACGGGGACAAACAUAAGCCAAGCGAUCGAGACGCUCCUGGACCUGAUCAUGAAGCGGAUGGAAAGGUGUGUGGACAAGUCCUGGAUUCCUGAAGGCGUGGUGCGCUCCAACGGUCACACCUCUGCAGACCCGCUGAGUGAAGAAAAGGAGAAGGGGUCGUGUGGCUGUUGAAGAGUCAAGUGAGCUCCACAGUGAUGCAGGCGGCCCAUAUCUGUGACCUUCUAUGGGGGAUACAGGGCACAGAGAGAGAUGAAUGAGCAUUUUGUGCGGAUGGCUUCUCACCAUCCCAACCAGACCUAUCAGAGAAGCAUCCAGUUCAAAAAUUCAUUCGCUGCAGCUUUGUAUAUAUUUCUUUAAGAUUCAGCCUGGGAGUUAGGAUUACUAUUUCUCAUACCCAAAAGUGCCUUAUAAAACCUUCACACACAGCAGUAGAUCAUUCAAGAAUUCAGGAUUUCAUAGCCCUGGAACAGUGCAAUGAUUCUGUUCAUUUUAACUGAAGAUCCUGUCACCUGCCUUAACAUACACAGGCCCAGAGUCUCACAUUCAAGAUCUUAGAUGCAGUUAUAAAACUAGCAGACUUGAAUCCAAAUUAAAAAACCCUGCUUGUACCCCAGGUGACUUUCAAAUAUGCCAUCUAGACCAUUUGAAUGUUGAAUAAGAAUAUCCACAAACCAUGGUUCAGUGGUCCUUGAGCAUUAAUUUAUGCACGCAUUCUCUGUAAAAUGAAUAUAGGACCAAUUAUUGGCCAUAUCGACGGACCCUGGGUAAACUGGAUUAACCAAUUACAUACUCGCUGUGACUAUUGAUGGUGGGAAGGUGGUUGGGGGUGAGGGACAAGGUGACUUCAUGUUGUGUGUUGAACAACCGAAGCGAGACUUCUGGCUCCCUGCUAGAUUCCAUUGCUCUCAAGGGUUGAUUAUCGGGUCAGGGAACCAGACGUCUGUGGCUUUAGUUCACCGUGAGUUGUGCAUUUAUACUGGCCUGUGUGCUGGCUACAUCUGAGCAUAGCUGGUGCUUACGCUGAAGUUAUUUGUGAUAAGUAAACAUUUAGCUCCUUUUUCUUCACAUUUAUAACGUUGGGCUGGCAUCCUCCGACAGCAGAUUCAAUUAGCUUGUGGACCACUAAUCCUCUGUUUUCACCAUCAGGCUCUAGAGUGUUGACAUUUGCCACUUGUUUUAUUUUCACGUCGGUAGAAUUGAAGGAAUUAGUUUCUAAUUCCAUAAAAUAUCUGUUUACUCUCUGGUGGAAGAUGGAUGUUUGUGUUUAAGCAGUGACUCAUACUCUAGCUCAGUGUAAGACAAAUGAAGUGUUCUGUAGCCCGUAUUUUCCAUUGAGGUCAUGGGCAUUUACUGCAUUUGCUGGAUCUUGCCAAGGUCGUGUUCUCUUCUGCAUUGCCAAAGUGUCUUUUUACCAAAUUAAAGGUGGUUUCAAAAUAUGCUUCAUGGCAGUUGUUUAUAAAAUCAAAGGGGGAAAAUUCUUAUUUAUUAAAGUAGUUUAAGUAAAGUAGAUUACAAUUUCCAAGGAGCUGAAUGGCUAUAUAGGGAGAAAUACCACUCAUUACGAUUUAAAUAAGGAAUAGAAAUGAAUGUAUUUUGUGGUGGCAAAUGUUUGGCAUAACGAGAAUUAGAAAAAUACAACUGUGAUGGAAAGUAUUGACUUUUAUAUGAUAAUUUUCCUAUAGCUGUUUAUUGAGUACCUGUCCUGCUUUUUUUUGUUUUUGUUUUUUGCCACUGCCUUCUUAGGAUUACCUAAAAAAAACUUAGCUGCGCUUACUAAGAUCUUACACAUUUCUAUCUUUGAAAUGAGGGCUUUUGUAAAUACUAAGAAGUCUUUGAGUCCCGUGCAUUUGAAUUGUGUAUCCCAGUGAGGAAAUGAUCCAGACAUUUCAGGGGCAGGGCCAUAAUCACCAGCAGUGCCUCCUAAAGUUACCAUAAGGCUUAAGUGAAGUAAAUUGUAAUUUUAUAGCUACAUAUCAGGGAACAUUUUAUAUGGUUUAUUUGUAUUGUUAAAAAGAAGACAAUAUCUGUAUGUUUCAGCCUAUUGGGAACCAAAUGAGCAGUUAGUUACAGAUUCCACUGGCCUUAAACAUAAUACACAAUUAACUGUAUACAUGAUACAGUACACACACAAGAGCCGUCUUUAAUUAUUGAAAUAAAUUACUUGUAUUCUCUUUGGAAAUCAUUGGUUUUAGUUGAUAUUGAAGUCCCACCUUUUUGUGAGUCAGUGUAUUUUUCUAUUUACAAGCUUGUGUAAAAGUGAAGUGUAUCUUCAGUGAACUUUGUGCCAAUUGCACUUACAAUAAAAAAAAGUGGUUUAAUCUGUCAA